AUGGCACUCCCACUGGGCACCAUUACACAGAGGUCAUCUCAUACCUCAUGGUCAGCUUCUCCUAUCCCAGCCACCUCAGGCCUUGGCCACUCAAGCUGUCCUAUUUCAGCCCUGUCCUGGUGGCACACCACUGCCAAAGCCUUGUGCCUCUCAACCUCAUCAAAUUAUGAGUCUCAGCAAGAACACCUUUCCCAACACUCACCAGAGGCCUCAUUCUGGGGAAACCCCACUGACAGAGAAGUAGGAGCUGCUAACCCCUCUUUGCUCAGCUCUGAUGACCAGAAGUUCCUGGAGAUACAAGUCACAAAGGGAGUCAAGAUCAACAUUUGGAAAGAAAAAGAAAAAGAUGGAUCAUAUCCAAAACAAAUGAGCCCAAACUACCACCUGAAUUCUUUGGGGAAUAUAUUGAAAUCACUGGGUGCUGAGCAGAAAACCACAAGCCCCCAACACUUCUGGAGCACAAAAGGCAAACCAGAGCAGUUGCCUGGUCCUCAGCAGCUCUCAUAUCCUAAGGUUUGGGGGCACCAUCUACAGCAGAAAUAUAACCAGCUUUUCUGGGGUCUCCCCUCUCUACACAGUGAAUCUCUGGUGGCUACUGCCUGGAUCUCUGAGAGCUCUUCAGCACUACAGUCUCCUUCUUUCUUAUUCAAUGGAAUCUCAAGUGACUGCCCAGUUCAAAUGCAGGCUAAACUAUCUCCACUGCUUUCCCAGUCCAAACCCCUGUCCCGACUGGAGUUCCAAUCUCAACCCUUGAUUUCAGCCAUACCUCAAUUCCAACCCCCACCUCUGGCUCAGAUCCUGACCCAAGAUCAUCUCCAAUCCUCUCUUCCAAUCCUAUCACCUUCUUCCUCACCCCAGAUCGGGGCCUGUCAAAUAUCUUGCCCUACAGCCCAGGAUAAGUCACAAUUUCUCAUCCCAACUGAGAUUCAACAUCCAGAAUGGCCUUUGUUGCAGGAGCAACUAGAAAGUGGGGGUUUAUCCUCUGUAAUCAAAAGAUCUCAAGAGGCCUUUAGUGUCUUCACUUCCAACCUUCCCGAGGACAGCUGGGUGGUCUCCAUCCUUCCUGAGGAUUUUCCAAUCAGUCCUGAGCUCCGUAAGCAACUGGAGCAACACCUACAAAAGUGGCUCAUUCAACACCGUUGGGAGUUGCCCCGUAAGAUCCAAGAGUCUUUGGAACUAAGGCAGCUUCAGGGUGAAUUACCAGGGACAUGUCAGGCAAAGGGUAAGCAUAGACCCUCACGGCUCUCUGCAUUUGCAGGUAAAAGCAGCACUGAUACACAGAAAGUGGGGUUCCAACUAAGCCAGGGCAUGGGCAAGGGCCUGGGGUAUAUUUUAGGGAAGGUCCCAAAAGAUCUCUCCCGGGCCUCAGACAACUCCCUAAUGAGGUUUCAGGGAGUGGGCUCUGAGGAAUCAGAAAGUGACUUGGGGCUGUCAAAGAGUGACUCAGGAAGUGAUUUACUAAGGAGCUUAGAUAAGAAUCUAGACAACAUCUUGAAAAGAGGUCAUUUGGGCAGGAAGUUGUGGCAGAUCAGUGAGUGUGGGCCUGUGAGUAUGUGCCAAACCUGUCUUGCUGUCAACCAUGCUUUUCCCAAGUCCAACACUGACAUGGAAAUCAGAAAUCUAGGAAUCUUGAAGGGUUGGGGACCAUAUGUGAACACCUCCCACAGGGUUUCCUUCCUCCAUCCAGACAUUCAAGAAGUUCUGGAAGCACAUAUUAUAAGGUUUUGGGUGAGGCACAGGUGGGGUCUACCUCUCAAGGUCCUCAAACCCAUAAAUCUCUUGAUGAAAAAGGUUCAACCCUUGCCCAUUCUUCAGUUUGCCUCUACACCCUCAGCCACCCAUGUGUCUGGGGCCCCCUCAGUCAAGUUUGCUGAAUUCCUGGGAAAACCUCCUCAGGCAUGUCUGGGAAAGAAGGCAAUAACAGAAGAGUCAGUUUCCACCCUGGGAAGGCCUCUCCUUGCUCCUUCACCUGUGUAUGAGGAAAUCCAGAGGGCGCUGGGAAUGGCCCCAUCUAGUGACAACCAGGGGCCCUUAAAAGCCUCUCUGAUUGGACAGGAGGAGAGGCCACCUUCUCAGUCCCUCACACUCAACUUCAUGGGCAGAACUUGGCAGAGUGGUUCUGCAGAAUGCAUUGAGAGGAGCAGCCUAGAGUUGAGUCCCAGUUCAUCAAUGGCCAGGAAUGAGCCAAGAGAGGAGAGUGUGGAUUGGACCUCACAAGACCCCUGUCAUAGGGUAGCAAUGCUGGAGAUGAACUUAGGAUCCCAAUGUUUUAGUGCUGAAAAGGACAUAAAUGUGCAUAUGGGGAGUUUAGAUACCAGUAAAAAACUUUCUAGAGUGUCUUUUUUCCAAGAUCCUGGAGAGUCAUGCCUUAAUGAAGAGGAAAGUGAAUUUAAUUCCAAAGUGAAUACAGAGUCAGAGAACCAGCCUCAAGACUGUUCUACACACAUGCUCCUUGCUGCAGACAACUUGGCUUCUCAAGUGCCACAGUGUCAUCCCCAGAGAGUGCCUACUGGAGACAAGGUAGCUUCCCAGAUGCUAUAUGGCUUCAUAGCAGACCAAAGGAGCUGCCUAAGGCAGCAAGAGCCCAUGAUCUCUAAACUUCAGGACUCAUGGAAGAACCAGUGCAAGAUGACUGUCCCUACUUGUAAGAGAGAGGACUAUAGGAGGCUCAACUCAGGAAAUGAACGGUUUGAGGAAUUGAGGACCUCUCAAGCUGAGUGUAUGAGUCACCCUGCCCCAGUCAGGGGAAUAGUAGAUUCUUUUAGGAGACGAUACUUCCAGCUCCUGCCAGAGAAGAAACAGGGUCCUCCCGAAAGCCUCUUCAGAAAAAGAAUGAGGCGCUUUUUUCAAUGGAUUUUCCCCAAUGAAAAAGACAAAGGUCAGAAUGCUCUGCAGAAAUGUAAGCCAAUAACUGCCCAGAACCAAGGACCAGUCAAAAGCAAAUCAAUUAUGGCCAGUGAGACUCCUGAGUCUCGGGCACUCAUGACAGCUGUUGGACAGAUUAUAGAGGAGAAAAUGGCAAUUCACCAUGGACUUCAUGCCACAAAGUUAAACGAGCACAACCAGGAACUCCAAGCACCAGUAUGUGGGUGUUUCCGCUACCACAGACUUCCCUUCUACCCAGAGCGAGGGAGAAUAAUGAAUUAUACAGCCCACAGUCACCAAGCCACCUCCAAGGACCAGAGUAGCUCUAUCAGGGAAAGGCAGGUCAGACAUCGGCGGUCCUUGAAAAGUGUGAGAUUCAAGGAUGAGCAGCUGGGCCUGAAGCACCUCCCAUCCUUGCCUCCCAAGAAGAUUUUGUCUCCAGUCAGUCCCUGCCAGUAUGGGCCAAGGAUGCCAGGUGUCCCAAGCCACCAUCAUCACUGCCCACGGCACUGUCUUCUUCAGGAAGGGAUUAGACUAGUCAACCAUAAAAUGCUUUUUUAG